AUGGCAGAAGUACCAGAUGAAAUAAGGGAUUUAUAGAGUAAUGUUGCCCUUAGUAUGCUCACUGAUCUUUUUAAGUUUAAUUUCCAUAAUAUUUUAUAGACAAGGAAAAAUCAAUUAAGAGCAAUGUGAUUCAUAUAAAAAAAAGUUUCAUAAACUACAUGAUACAGUUGUCUAAACCUUUAAGAAUCAUCACUUUUUAUGGGAAAAAUCAAAAAAACUAAAAACUCAAUUAGCAACUGAGAAAUAAAAUCUCGAAACUGCUUUAAAUGAUUAAGUAUUAAGUUCGAAAAUACAUUUUAGGCUAAUGCAUAAGAAAAAGCAUAGAAUUUAAAUGCAAGUUUAAAAAAAACAGAAGCAGAAUAUGAAAUGAUGGAAUAAUUGAUUGAUGCUAAAUAAUUUUAAUGUGAAGAAGUAGAACAUGAAAAAUCUAUAAUAUUAACUAGAAUAUCUGAAUAAGAGAAAAUGGCUAAGAGUAAGGCAUUACCUGAAAUGCUUUAAAAAGAUGCUGAAAUAGAAAGAGAGAGAGAUUUAUUAUUAGAAUAUAAAUAAAAAAUUGAGAGUGAAUAAAAAAGUAUAGAUGAAAAAAUAGAAAAGAUUGAAUAAUUAAAGAUUGAGAAUGAUGAGAAACUUAAUAAAAUAAGUAAGUUGAAUGAUGAAUAUAUUAAAAUAAAGGAUGAUCCAAAUCGUUUUAGUAAGAAUGCAGAAAUGUUAAAGAGUGCUAAUAAAAUUAUGUUAAAGGAUUUAUAAGGAUAUAAAGAUGAUAUAGGAAAAAAGAAUAAAUAGAUUGAUGAUUUAAAUAUGGAACUAAAAAAGUUACAAUUAAAAUUAUAAGAAUAUGAAACAUAAAUAGAUGAAGAAAAAAGUAUUACAGAAAAGAAUUAAAGAGAAUAGGCCAUUUAAAAUGAUCUAUCAUCAAAAUUAAAAGAAGAAAUAAGUGAUUUAAGUAGUUAAAAAGUGGCUAAUGAUAUUGAAAUUAGAAAUGGUUAGUUAGAAAUCAGAAGACAUAGAGAUACAGUUAGUUCUUUAAAAAAGGCAAUUGAUCUUGAUAAAAAAGAAUUAAAAAAAUAAUAAACAUAAAUGCAAUAAAUUAAUGAUACUUUACAUGAAUAAAAGAUGAUAUUAGAAAAUAUAAAAAAAGAGAUUGUGAAUUUAAAGUAUGAAAUUGAAAAACAAAAUGAAAUUGGAGAAAAUAUUGCUGAAGAAUAUACAAUGUUAGAAGGGAGAGUUAGAAAAGUAAAAGAUAAAGCAGAAGAAAAAAUAUAGGAAUAAACUAAAGUAGAUAAUGAAAUUAAAAAAUUUGAAAAAUAAAUGAUUGAAUUAUAAAAUUUUGAAGCUGAAGGAUUAAAGAGAGUCAAAGCUUUAACAGCAACUAGAGAAAGUAUGGCUAGAAAAGCAUCAAGUGCAUUAGCUGAAGUAAGAGAAACAAGAGAAGAACUUAAAAUUAAAGAAUUAUUAAUUAUGGAUCUAUAAAAAAAAGCAUAAGAAACAGAAGCUAAAGAACAUAAUUAUAAAUCAUUAUAUGAAGAAGUCAAAUAGGCAAGAAAUAAAUAUGUCAAUAUGAUAUAAAAUAGUUCAUAAGAUUUAGCAGAAUUAAAAGAAAGAAUUAAGAUAUUAUAAAAUGAAUUAGAAAUUUUAAAAAAUGAGUCUUAAGAAAAGGAAAGAACAUUAUUAGAAUAUAGACAUUGUUUACAGGUAGAAGUACAUAAGAAAGAUAGAAGUCAUGCAAAAUUAAAUAAAUUAGAAUAUUAAAGGAAAGCUAAAAAAGAAAUCAUUGAUUAAAAUAUUAAUGAAAUAUAGAAAUUAAAUAUGAUCAUAUCUUCAUUAGAAAAAGAUAUGUUAAAUUUAAGAAAAUAAUAUGAGUAAGUUUGUGAAUCAAGAAAUCAUACAGGUAUAGUAUUGAUAGAUAGAAAUGAUGAAUUAUGUAUAAUGUAUGAAAAAUGUAACAUUUAAGAUAACAUCUUAAAAUCUGGAGAAUUAGAAAUAAAAAGAUUGGAAGAUGAUAUUAGAAUGAUAAAGAUUGAAAUAUAAGAAUAAAAACGAAAAAUAGAUGUAGCAAGAAAGGAUAUUUUAUAAAUACCUUAAUUAUCAUCAAAAGUUAUUUAAUUAAAAGAUGAAUUAGAAUUAGAAAAAAAAAAAGAAUCUUAACUUUCUGAAGAACUUGAAAAUCCAAAUAAUUAAUAAAGAUUCAGGGAAUUGGGUGGUGAAGAUCCAGAUUAAGAAGCAUUAGAUGCAAAAAUACAUGUCUUGGAAGAAAGAUUGAAUAAUAAAAAAGAACAAUUAUUAGAAAAGGAAUUAAUUUUAGAUGAAAUUACAAAUUUAUCAGAAAAACUAAGAAAAUAAGCUUUAGAUGGAAGAUUAUCAACACUUGAAUUAUCAGAAAAAGUGAAUGAAUUUUAAGCAAAAUUAAAAGAUUUAACUAGGAAAAUGAUGGCUACAAUAGCAGAAUUAUCAAUGUAUCAGGCAACAGCAAUUAAAUUAUAAUAAGAAAAAGAUGAAUUAGAAAAUGUUGUGUAAGAAGCAAGACAAAGAUUAGACAAAAGUUUACCACCUUUACCAGAACAUGAGGAUGAAUAUUUAAGAUAAUAGAAAGCUUAAAUAAGAUAUUUAGAAGAUAGGUUAAUCAUUUAUUUAAUGUUAGACGUUAAAGAUUAGAAAAAGAAUAAUAAGAUAAAAUGUUUGAACCAUUUUCUUGUAAGACUAUGGCUAAACAAAGAGUUCAAUAAUAUAUUCCAGAUGACAAUAUUGGUGCACCAUUACCAAAGAAUUAUGGUAAAUAAGCUCCAUUUUAUCCUCCUGAAUCAAAUGCUCAACUACGCUUUUACAAGAAGCCAAAAGUUAAAGAAAUAGAAAUAUGA